UAGCAAUUUUCCUGGCCUUUAUCCUGUGAAAACAGAAGUCUAAAGACCUGCUUGGUUGCAUGCGUAACAAGCUAUGAAUUCUGUAUCUCCGAGUGUGGUACUAAACGAUGGUCACAUCAUCCCUGUACUGGGCUUUGGAACCACUGUGCCCGAUAAGGUUCCUAAGGAUGAACUUAUCAAGGCUACUAAAAUAGCUAUAGAUACUGGAUUCCGCCAUUUUGACUCUGCUUAUUUAUACCAAAUAGAAGAAGAAGUAGGCCAGGCCAUUAGAAGCAAGAUUGAAGAUGGCACUGUGAAGAGAGAAGAUAUAUUCUAUACUUCAAAGCUUUGGAGCACUUUCCAUCGACCAGAAUUGGUCCGAUCUUGCUUGGAAAAGACACUGAAGAAUGCACAACUGGACUAUGUUGAUCUUUACAUUAUUCAUUUCCCAAUGGCUUUGCAGCCUGGAGAUGAAAUAUUUCCACGAGAUGAACAUGGAAAACUGUUGGCUGAAGCAGUGGAUCUCUGUGACACAUGGGAGGCCAUGGAAAAGUGUAAAGAUGCCGGACUGGCCAAGUCCAUCGGAGUGUCGAACUUUAACUGCAGGCAGCUGGAGAUGAUUCUGAACAAGCCGGGGCUCAAGUACAAGCCUGUGUGCAACCAGGUAGAAUGCCAUCUUUAUUUAAACCAGAGCAAAAUGCUGGACUAUUGUAAGUCAAAAGACAUCAUUCUGGUUUCCUACUGCACAUUGGGAAGUUCACGAGAUAAAAUCUGGGUGGACCAGAAAAGUCCAGUUCUCUUAGAUGAUCCAGUUCUUUGUGCCAUGGCAAAUAAGUACAAGCAAACACCAGCACUGAUUGCCAUUCGUUACCAGUUACAGCGUGGGAUUGUGGUCCUGAUCAGGAGUUUCAAUGAGAAGCGGAUCAAAGAGUUCAUGCAGGUUUUUGAAUUCCAGUUGGCUUCAGAGGACAUGAAAGUCCUGGAUGGCUUGCACAGAAAUUUAAGAUACAAUACUGCAAGUUAUUUUGAUGAUCAUCCCAAUCAUCCGUUUACUGAUGAAUAUUAACAUGGUGGCCUUUGCCAGAAUUUCUAUCAGAAGAUCUGCUUAUGCAUCAUGAUAUGAGAGCUAUCUUGGAUACUGGUGACUGAACACAUCCCUUCUCAUCAGAUCACUGUAUCUAUUAAUUCACAGUCAGCUGGAGCAAAGUCCAAAGAGCUAUGAGGGAAGCCAUAUUCUUGUCAUACUCUGAAAUGGAACAUCAAGUUGCUUUUCCUAUUCUUGUGUUUUUAAAGAUUCAUUUAUUUUAUUUUACAUAUAUAAAUGUACAUGUAUGUAUAUCUCAUGAAUGUCUGUGUCUAUGAAGGGAAGAAGAGUGUUAUAGGUCACUUGGAACUGGAACUACAGAUGAUUGUGAAUCAUCAUGUGGGUGCUGGGAGCCAAACCUAAGUCUUCUGUUAGAGCAGCAAGUGCCUUUAAAUGCUGAGCCAUCUCAUUAGGUCCCAAUCUAAAGAUUCUUGCCUGCUACUAUUUCUAGAACCUCAAUGUUUUGUUUUCUUCUGAUUUCUGAUACCAACCUGAUUUGCUAGAAGUUUUGGGCAUGAAGUCAGUGUUGAAGGCAAUCAUGGCAAAGGCAUCGCUGGGUGGGAAUUAAGGAUUUUUUUCAACAUUCAGGGAAUUAAUUGUUAGUAGUUAUUGAUAAGUAAAUAUUCCUUAUGUCCUUUGAGGAAGAAGAAAAUACUCCAUAACUCUUUGCUUUUUCUUAUUUUGGAGGUAAGGCACAUGUGGGGAGUGACCAAGAGACCCAGGGUUCUCUCCAGCAACCCAAGAACCAGAGCUCCAAGAGCCUGGGGAGUAUGUUCUCCUUGUGGGAAAUUUGGGAGGUUGGUAAGAAGAGAACUAAUCUAAAAGCAUCAUCAUGGCUCAGAUGUAGGCAAGUUGAGAAGAAGGCUGAAUAUGUCUCUGCUUGGGAAGUAUAUUAUCUUUUUUGGUAAUUACACAUGACAAGUAAAAGGAAAAUCUACAUAUUUUAUCCAAGACAGACAGACUGCUAGUCUGGAUAUUUAUAUUUUCAAGGGAUUCAGAAGUUGCAUUCUUCAGCUAUGUUAGGAAAAACCAAUUCACAUGAGCAUAAACUCCAUAUUCAUCAAGUUUUCUCCGAUUUAAAAAUCGGUUUUCUGAAACACGAUCUUCUAGGUUUAUAGAUCUUUUAUGUUUAUAGGUAAAUGAGUCAGACUUACAAAAGAUCUCAAAGUUACAAAAUUGUAUAGUCGAAUUAAGAUUAAAAGAAUAUAUUUGAUGAGACAAGUUAUUUAAAUUUUCAAAAAUUAUAUGAAAUACUGUAUUUGAAUCAACAGUGUUUUAAAAGUUGUUAACAUUUAAUGAUCUUUUUUUGCACAAAGAAUAUCCUCAGAGAAAUCAGAGAGAAAAGAUAGUAUGUUUAUAGAAGAUUCAGAAUAAUGUGGAGGUAAAUAUUAUUUAGAAUACAGUUGGAUUUAUAUAUUUCAUUAAUAAAUGUCUCAAAUUAGAA